AUGUGGGAUUCUAUGAUAGAAAAGGUGAAGACAACCAUCUAUAGGCAUGAUGAAGUGCUAGAAAAUGAAGUUUCUAGUUUCUUGGAAGUUAUUCAUGAAAUACUUAAUUCUUGGUGGAGUAAGAGUUGUAAUCCACUUCUUUGCUUAGCUCAUUCUCUAAAUCCAAGGUACUAUAGUGAUAAUUGGCUUAAUGAGGUUCCAAAUAGGGUUCCUCCUCAUAGAGAUGAUGAACUUUCUAGCCAAAGGAAUAAAUGUCUUAAGAUAUAUUUUCCACAUGUUAAUGUUAGGACAAAAGUUUAUGAAGAAUUCUCUAAAUUCUCAUCUUGUGCGGGUGACUUUGGUUCAUUUGAUUCAAUUGAGGAUAGAUGGGCAUUAGAUCCAAAAACUUGGUGGGUGAUGCAUGGAUCCUCUACACCUAUACUCCAAAAGGUUGCUUUAAAGCUUCUAGUGCAGCCAUGUUCUUCCUCAUGCUCUGAGAGGAAUUGGAGUACAUACUCCUUUAUUCAUUCUUUGAAGAGAAACAAAAUGGAUCCAAAGAGGGCUGAAGAUUUGGUUUUUGUGCACUCUAAUCUUAGGCUUUUGUCUAGAAAAGAGGAAGGGUAUAAAAAAGGAGAGACAAGAUUGUGGGACAUUAAUGGAGCCGUACAUGAUCCACUUGAUGAUAGUGCUGGAGUUCUUGAAAUGAAAGAUUUAUCUCUUGAUGAGCCAGAUUUAGAAGCUAUGCUUUUCUUAGAUGAUGGCAAUGGGGGAGAAGAAAAUGAAACAAUUAGAGUUUGA